AUGGUGCCACCCUUGAUUGGAGGUCUUGCGUCGCGCGCGGACAGCGAUAUCAGCUCCGAGCCCGGCCGCGGCCGCGUCGAAGAGACUCUCCCCGGGAGCAUCACGGGCGUGCUGACCUCGCUCGUGGCUACGAGCUUCGUGUUUCACUUCCUCGUACAAAGGUAUCGACAAGUAUCGCAAUGGCGCAAGCUUUCCUACAUCGACUGGCUAAUACUAGCCCUCUUUGUUGAUUCGUGGCUGUUUUUCGCCGGCUCCACCGUCCUUCAAUUCGGUGGCUUCGACGUGAACGUUGACUCUCGCGCCUGUGCAGCCGGCUCGUACAUGUGUGUUGUGGGCUACUUCAUCAGCAAGCUAAUUUACCUUCUUCUUGUCGAGCGGUUUUACGUUAUAAGAGAUAAGGGGCGUGGCCGCCUCAAGUCCAAGCUCUACAUUCUUAACCUCGUGGCUGUCUUACUUUGCUAUGUCGCUUGGCUCCCGAUUUACAUGGUCUUCCAUAUCAGCCAUAACAAUUCCGGCGUCUGUAUCAUUGGAGUACACCAGCGAUUCCUUUCUACAGCGUUUGCAUGUGACGUUGGCAUUAAUCUAUGGCUCACAUCAUGGUUCCUGUACCCAUUGAUGAAAUUGAAACCAGAGGGCGCAAACAGAUUGAAAGCCAUAGUCUGCCCGAGACGAGCAAGCCAGGAUGCAGACUCUAGUGUCGUGCGCCUAUAUAAUCUUGCGCGGAGAACAUUCCUCGGUUCUGUCAUCACUUUGACGGCUACUUCUCUAAACCUGGGUGUUUCAAUCGGGUACGAUGGGCUAAGCGCCUGGCUGUGUCUUAUGCUCUGCAGGAUCGAUGUCUUUAUCUGCGCCGCUGUCAUCUACUGGAUCACUCAAAAAGAACCUGCGCCGCCCAGUUAUCAGGACAGGCCGUGGGGUGUGCCAAAUUAUCGUGGAACUGAUUUCACGACUCUUGUGGGCAACUCGUCCAUGCCAGGACCACGGCCAGCGAGGGCCUUCGACGGCGUUGGUGGGGAUGCUCAUCCGGGCAGUCUAGUACCGGGAAGCUUGCAUCUGGGGAGAUUCGGGAACUCAGGCGAAGACCUUCAAGAGUCGCACAUGUCGGUCAAGUCAGCUCCAGAAAGCCAAGUUUGCGCGACGGGGAGUGAUGAGACGUCUAUAAGACAAGACCGAAGUGACGUUGAAUGCGAAAUCAGGCAACACGGAGGAUUGUGA